UUUAUUUAUGAGGGACAUUUUUCAACCGGAAGUGUUCAGUUGUACUCAGCGCCUGUGUUUCUCAACUUGUUUUAAAUUCGUGGAAUAACACAGUGCCUGUGAAACAAUGGCAGAUAUUGAAGAAAGGACUUUUGGUGGUUGUGAGGGCCCAGAUGCCAUGUAUGUAAAGCUGAUCUCUUCAGACGGGCAAGAGUUUAUUGUGAAGCGAGAGCACGCGUUAACCUCUGGCACAAUCAAGGCUAUGCUGAGUGGACCUGGUCAGUUUGCUGAAAAUGAAACCAAUGAAGUGAACUUCCGGGAGAUCCCAUCUCAUGUUCUCUCCAAAGUUUGCAUGUAUUUUACCUAUAAAGUGCGUUACACAAACAGCUCAACAGAAAUCCCAGAAUUUCCCAUUGCUCCUGAGAUUGCCUUGGAACUCCUCAUGGCUGCGAACUUCCUGGACUGUUAGAUUGGAAUAGGAGUAUGUGUUAUGCCGUGACCAACAUUCAUGCCAUUUGGUUGCCAUAAUGUUUCAGUGAUAUUUGAGUUUGUAUUUAUAAAUGAUUCGCUUUAUUGGUCAAUUUAGUUUUUUGUUGUUAUGUUGUACUUUGAAAUAACUAGAGAGUUUGUUUUGUAUGCAGAGUUUUUAAAUGUCUUACAUUCAUUUUGUAUUUUCAAGUCGUUUGCAGUUGUCCUCGUCUCGCAAAAGGAAUAAAUGUGGAUGAACCAACA